AUGCAGCGCCGCCAGAUCAAGAAACUCGCCUCAAAGGCAAAGGGCACGAAGCUUACCAACUUCGAUGCCCUCCUCCAUGAUAUUCGAAGCAAGCUCGGCCCCGACUGGGAAUUCUAUCUAGAAUUCCUAGAUGGGGCCAUAAGGGCUACAGCUCGUGGGCAGGAUGUUUCUGCCUGGUUCGAGCAGGUCGAACAGUUGGUGGAAGGUAGAGAGGACGUGGCGUUCAGCCACCAAGGUGUGCUGUUCUUGCUCGCUGAGAUGGGGGUGAAGGUACGGAGUGAAGCUCCUUCGACCAACAGCAUGCCACCUCCACCACUUCCAGCUCCUCUUGUGCCACUCCCUUUACUACCCUCCGAGAUACAACCUGCUCAGCAUACCGCCGAUUACCGCUCCAAACUCCCCCUCGACUUCAACCGUUCCACAAGGCCGCCUAUGCCCUCCUCGGCAACAUCAUCCUCGCAACCUAGGAUGUCCAACAUCGCUUUCAUGGGCUCUAGACAGGCCGUGAAUGCGAAGCCCUCCGCGCUCAACAAUGGCGUAGACCCAAUCUUUUUCACCGAUCCCGCCUUCAAGCGAGACGUGCAGGACUUCUUCGGCAUCUCAACACAGAGAAGUGGCACGCGCGACCAUACAACAAGACACUACAAUCAGAACGAACUGGUGCUGCCUUACAACGCAAAGGAAGAUGAUCUCAACGUCUGGAAGAAGCGCGUCGAAGCCGGCUACGAGGUGAAGGACAAGGAUGCAGAGGGCGCGUCUAAGCGAGGCGAGAGGGUGGCACUGUUUGAGCAAACGCAGCAGAUUGAGCUCUCUGACUAG